CUUCAGAAUUUUAUUGAGAGUGCAUUUAAGCUCUAAUCACGACUCGGUGCAGAUUACUUUGUUUGUUGUAGACCAGAAAUCAUGAAGCUUUUUCUUUUUGCUGUAAUUACACAGGUUCUACUAUGUCAUGUAAAUGGAAACUGGCGGGAGGAUUAUAAAGAGAGCAUAAAGCACCUCAGUCAGGACAAACUCUAUCAGGAGUUCCCAGACAAAGUUCGGCAGCAGAACUUCCAGCAUCCGCCUUUCCAAUGUCCAGACAUGAGCCCCUCUCCUACUGUACCCACGUCAGUGGAAAAAAUAAAAGCAGCUGACAUUAAAGUCAUUGCCGCUUUGGGAGACUCUCUGACUUCAGCCAUUGGUGCCAAUGCCUCUACAGUUCUGGGAGUUCCAAUCGAGUAUCGACAUUUGUCAUUUAGUAUUGGGGGCCAUGGAACAUACCGUGAUGUUAUCACUCUUGCAAACAUUGUGAAACUUUUUAACCCGGAUGUCAUCUUUCCGGCACCUAUUAUGACCCUGAACGAACGUCCUUCCAAUAUUAAUGAGACCGGCUUUAAUUUAGCCGUUACUGGUCACAACACGGUGAAUUUCUCUGAACAGGCCAGGAACAUGAUCGACACAUUCAAAACCUAUCCAGGGUUAAAUUUUGCCGAGGACUGGAAGCUAGUGACCAUUUUAAUUGGGAUGAAUGACAUCUGUGAUUAUUGCAAGGACAAAAAAUUGUUUUCACCUGACAACUUCAUCAAGUACCUCAUGGACUCCCUAGAUAUGAUGAAGAAUGAGAUUCCUCGAUUGAUUGUGAACAUGGUGCAGAUUUUUACUAUGAAGCCUCUGAGGGAUGUCCAGAAGCCUUCCAUUGGCUGCCUGCUCCAAAAAAGUUUCUGUUCGUGUUUGGUCAACCCUGAAGAGAAUUCCCCUGAACUGGCAGAGCUGAAUGAAGUAAAUCUGGAAUUCCAGAGAAGACUGGAGGAGCUGCUGAACAGUGAACGUUACUUUAAAGAGGAUUUUGCUGUGGUUCUGCAGCCUUAUGCAGCCUACGCCCAGCCACCAAGACUAGCUAACGGAAAAAUCGAUUUUAGUUACUUUGCUCCAGACUGCUUCCAUUUCACCAUAAAGGGUCAUGAGGAGCUAGCCAAGGGUCUCUGGAACAACAUGUUUCAACCUCCAGAUAAGAAAGAUAUAAUCGAGACCUUUUCAGAGCCAGUAAAACUCAUCUGUCCAUCAGAGGAGCAUCCUUACAUCUACACCAGACCCAAAGCUCUGUCCUCGGCAAACCAUCUGCAAGUCAUCUGGACUCUUUUAACACUUACAGGCCUCAUUACCAUUUACAACAACAUGCAUUAAUUGCAUUCCUUAUGUUAUAGUCCUGUUCUUACCACCCCCUUGUCAACUAUUCCACUACUCCUUGUCCACUAUUCUCUAUGAGUUUUUAUUACUUAUAAAUACGGUAUGAAAACCUAUGGAAUAUUUAAUAUCACAGAAAUGUUCACUUGAGGUAUGAGGGUAGGAUAGUUACUUUUCUCUCCAUGAAAAGGGCAGACCUUUUCAUUUGGAAUAUACUAAGUACAUUUACUAAGAACUAAUCGCUAUCAUGUGCAGUUCUGAAUUUGUGUCAGUAUAAUGUUCAUAAUAUUAAUUUCUCAUUCAUUCAUUUCAAUGUUAUAACAUUUAUUUCUCAUUAUUAAUGUUUUUAUUUUAUUAUUAAUGGUUUAAAUUUAGUAUUUACAGUAUCUGACAAAUUUAUUUUUCAAUUUUUCAUCGAAGGCAAUGACGUAUUAUCUGUGUAUAUUAAUUAGAACUUAAAAAUCUUAAUAUUAAAAUAAAUUAAUGCACAAUGAUUUUUAAACAAACUUUUAAAAAUGUAUUAUGCUACAAAAAUCUAAUUAUUAUACUCAAGUACAGUGUAUAGUCGAUGAAUAUAGGGAUGUAUUCAGGGUUGCCAAGUUAAGACUUGAGUACAAAAAAAGUUAGUAUUUACAUUGAGAACUUAACUGGGGUUCAGAUAUUUCAAUGACACCCAGACCACAAGAAUUAAGGAAUAGAAAAUACGGACCGAAAAAGUAAAUGUUAUAAAAUUUAACACAAUAAAACAUUUAAAAAGAGGUAGCAUUUAAAAUGUUUCCAUUAAAUUAAAUUCAUUUUAUUUGUAUAGGGCUGUUAUCAAUUCACAUUGCCUCAAAACAGCUUUACAUAAGUAUAGUAAAAGAAUAAAAACUUUAAAGUGUAAAGUUUAAAAUUAAGCUACUAUUUAUCUCUAACAUCUAUCCCUAUCACAAAUCUGACUGCCGCAUCAGUAGUUCAAAGCCAACAUGUCAGUUUCCAGGCAGUUCCAUCCACAGCAAACUCAUGUUCUUCUUGUAAACAUGACGGUUUCCUUCAGUUUCUCUGGUUGCAGGUGGGUGCAUUGCCUAUGCUAGAUUGCCCUCAGGGGUGAAUGGGUGUUGAAAUGGUACCCUGUGAAGUUAUGCUGCAUUACAUUACAUCUGAUAUCCAGUGAAUUUAUUUGGAAAGGAAUUACACGUGUGAUGUUACCUCUGAUUUAGUCUUUUCAGAAAUAUCCUACUUUAAUAAAGACUGUAGUAAAUUCAAUAAAAAGGGACAACAGUUCGCAUGAUGACUUGGUAA